AAUCCGUCCCUCGCUGCGAAGCGGAACGAUUCAUAAAACGUGAUAUCGUCCAUCCUUUUGGAUUUAUUUCUCUCUGCUAGCUUCCCUCGCUAUUGUCAUAGUGGUCUCGCGCGUUGCAGUUCUCUGGUGAGAAGCGCAAUUUGCUAUAAUGGCGUCGCACGGUCAUCUUGAGGAGGAUGAUGAUUUUGGAGGCGACUUCACUGGAACGCACAACAAUAGGCAUUCAGGAAAUAAGAGAGGUUUUGGCGAUCUCGAAGAUGAAGAGGAUGACUUAUUUGGUUCCAAAAAGGCUAACGCUAAAGUCGAAGAAACUGCUCCAGGUGUAGCGACAGGAAUGAUUCUGUCACUUCGUGAGAGUCUUAAAAGCUAUGAGGACACACUCACAACAUGCCGGACAGAGCUUGAAAUUGCCAAGUCUGAGAUUCAGAAGUGGAUUACUUCAUUUCAGAAUGAAAAUUUCAUUCCUGCUGGUGCUUCCCCUGAACCUAAAUUUGUGAUCAGCUUUCUGCAAUCCCUGAAGUUCUCGGAGGAGUCUCUAAGAGACCAGCUAGAAAAGGCAAAGAAGAAGGAAGCAGCUUUUAUUGUUACAUUUGCUAAACGAGAGCAGGAGAUUGCAGAGUUGAAGGCUGCAGUCCGGGACUUGAAAGCACAGUUGAAGCCACCAUCCAUGCAGGCUAGAAGAUUAUUGAUAGAUCCUGCAAUACAUGAAGAGUUUACUCGUCUGAAGAGUUUGGUUGAGGAGAAAGACAAAAAGGUUAAGGAGCUGCAAGAUAACAUUGCCGCAGUAAGUUUUACUCCAUCAAGCAAGAUGGGUAAAAUGCUGAUGGCUAAAUGUAGGACUCUGCAAGAGGAAAAUGAAGAGAUAGGAAAUCAAGCUGCUGAAGGAAAGAUGCAUGAGUUAGGAAUAAAGCUUGCGGUGCAGAAAUCUCAAAAUACGGAACUUAGAAAUCAUUACGAAGCCUUACAGAAACAUAUGGAGGGGCUGACAAAUGACGUUGAAAGGUCAAACGAAUUGGCUAUCGUGUUGCAAGAGAAGCUUGCAGAGAAGGAUCGGGAGCUUCAAAGCUUCAAGGAAGCUUUACAGCAGUCGAAGAGUCCAACGGUCGAGAAUAAAGUUGAUUCACCCCCUGCCGAGAAGCCACCCAAAGAUGAGGUGGUUAUUUCCGGCGAUGCUGAAAGCUGAGAUAAAAUAGAUUUUCUAAAUUUUGUACCUGUAUAUUACGUUUAAUUUCGCACAUUCUAAUAUUUCGUUUCUAGCCUAUGAAUAUCGUUACAUUCCAUAAGAGAAAUAUGAAAAAUAUUGCAUGUUUUAAUUUUUACC